AUGGAGGCCGGACUGCGCCCCGGUCCCGCGGGCGGCGGCGGCGGGAAAGCUCCAGCCCCGGGAGAGGGAGGAGCCGGCGCCCAGGUGGGGCAGGUGGGGAGCCUGGGCGCAGGUGUGUCCCGCGCCGCGGGGAGUGACUGCUCCCUGGCCGGCGCGGGCAGAGCGGAGCGGACUCCUGGCCCCAGGAUCCCGCUCUGGGAAGCGGGGCUUGUCUCCCAGCCUCUGCCUCCGGGGAAAGCUAUGGACGGGGAAAGGUUAACAAACUUCAAGGAACUUCAAGCCAAAUUUCAAAAGCUUGAAGCACCAUCUCUUCCAGGAGCUAUUAAAUUCCCAGCAGAUGUUUCUCGGAAGAGUGACAUUGGAAGCACACAGUCCACAGGGAUUUUGGCCAAUGGGAGACCCCUCUCAUCCAACCAUAAUCAGUCCCCACCAUAUUGUUCCAGUGGUGAACCCCAGCCUUUUAAACCCCAGAAAAUGAAGUUGGCCCAGAGGAGCGAGAUUCAGAAAUGUUCUAAUUCCCCAGGACCUCCGGAAAGGUCUGCUGGUUCUGCAGUAAAUUCACAGAAGGCUUCUCUGCUGUUAGACGUGCAUCAGUCAAACGCUGAGAUAACCAAUGAGGAGAAAGUAAUGGUGACCAGUAGCUUCAGAGACAAGCUUUGGAACUGGGAGAAGGUUUCAUCUCAGAAAAAUGAGAUGUCAUCAGCCUGUCUUCUUGCCAAUUGUGGAAGUAGGGCCUUCCAUCUGGAAGAGCAGGAAAGCAUGGGGCUUGCUCCAGAGGAGCCCAGGAAAAAGCUGGAAGCCAAAGGAGCCCAGACCCUUCCUUCCCAGAGGCACUUGAUGGCCCAAAGAAAAUCACGUGCUACCUCUGAAGAUGCUACUCUUCUACUUUCUCAACAUGGCAGGAAGAGCUUAGAAAACCCCAGUCCUGAGAAGAGCCCAGCAGGGAGCACCUGCCAGCCUAUCUAUGAGAGUGAGCUCAUCAGCCAGGCCCCAGAAAAACAGCCGGAUGUCAGGCAUCACCAACUUCCCAAAACGAAGCCACUGCCUUCUAUGGAGUCCCUGGGUCCUCCUCCCCAAAAGCCACCCAAGCCCCCGGUUGUGAACCUCCAGGCCUUCCAGAGGCAGAGGGAGAGGCAGAGGCAGGCAGCGGCUGUUCCAAAGACUCACAGGGAAGCCGCUGUGAAAGAGGGCGACCUGCCUCCUGGGAGGUUGUUUGUUGCUGAAUUUGAAGAACUGCGUAAUUAUGAGGCAACAAUUUCAUAUCUGAGACACUCUAGCAACUCCAUUAACCUGUGCACCGCAAAAGAAACUGCUGAUUCAAUUUAUGAAGUUGGAAUUGAAGAACUCCCAAAGCCGUGGAAGAGUCUUCUCCAUCAAGAACUUAGCCCUAAAUAUGAAGAUGAAGAUGAAAAAAUGAAAGAAAAAGAGCCAAGUGAAUUGGAACCUAAAAAAUCAGAAAAGGAUCCACAUUCAAACCAUCUUUUCAAGGUGGGCGCCUAUGAUGGCACACCUGGAAAACUCCAGGUGACGAAAGUCCACAGAGGUAAGAGGAACGUGCAGGCUGGGAAGCAGGAUGCUGUGAUUGACAUCAUCCAGACAGAGGCCUGUCCUGAGGACCUGAAGCUGGCUAGGCACUCGCAAGGCCACUGUGGGUAUGUGGAGGCCUUGGAGGUGACUAAAGAAACCCCAGGCCAAGAAGCCUUUAAGCCAAAUUCCAUCUCAGAGGAGACUUAUGAUGAUGUUGAGUACCCUGGGAGAGAGGGACCAAAGUCGGACUUCUCUAACGCAUUUGCCUCAGAUGAUGAAAAUAGUGAAGAAACGUAUGAAGAUAUCUACAAAACAAAGAGCAACUAUUCAAAGAUAGAUUUAGAUGGAAAAGAAGCUCUUAAAAGACUGCAAAGAUUUUUCAAGAAAGAAAAGGAUAAAUUUAAAAUGAAGAAAGCCAAGUCGAAAGAAAAUGUAAGUGCAUUUUCCAUUUCGCUGCCUGAUUUAGAACUUAGGUCUCAAGAAGCUAUUAUCUAUGAUGAUGUGGACAUACAUGAAAAAGAGUCAAAAGAUGAAGAUAAACUUAAAACGUGGAAGCCCAAGUUUUUGAUACCAAAGGAAAAAAAAGAGAAAAAAGGUGCUGAAGAAUCAGAAAGUUUAUCUCCUAGAAAUUUCUUCAGAACCAAGAAGCAAAACUUAGAAAAGAACAGAAUGGAAAGAGAAGAAAAACUUUUCAGAGAAAGAUUUGAGUAUGACAAAGAGAUUACCGUCAUCAACACAGCAGUGGCAUGUACCAGUAAUUCAAGAAAUGGAAUAUUUGAUUUGCCAAUAACCCCUGGAGAAGAACUGGAAGUCAUUGAUAUCACUGAAGAAAAUCUAGUGAUAUGUCGCAAUUCUAAAGGCAAAUAUGGUUAUGUGCUAAUUGAACAUCUAGAUUUCAAGCAUCAAGGUUGGUCACCUUAGGAAGAUCAAGAUCAAAUGGUACAGGCUGCACAAGUGAGAACCAGUUCUGAGAUCUUAGUCCUGCUUUAUAUCAGCUUCACUUGACACGUCAAAAUGAGAUGGUGGAAUCAGUGGAAACUUUCCUUAGGAACUUAGGAGAGAAAAGCAAAAACAAAUCCUCCACAUGGAGAUGUUGGUUUUACUCCUAAAUGGUUCUCUUCCAAUGUCUAUUUCAGUAUCUAUUUCACUGCUAGCUCAAGAGGAUGUGAACAGGGUGUUAGCAUUUGAGCACUUGUUUAAUGAGCCACAUCCACAGUGAGAAACCAUGCCUUAUGGCACCUAGUCAGCUGUGCAGAUGGCUAGUUUGCUUCUAAUAUUAGUACACGAGUGUUUAUAAUUUCUAGAAGAUGAUGUACAUUUAAAUUCGGUGUAAUUUAAUUUUGAAAAGUAAAUAGUAUAAGCAAGUAUAAUGUUUAAAAUAAUUACAAGUGUCCUUCUGCUUUGUCACAAAAUCAAAAUCAGACAAAUGCUGCUCAAAAUUGGUUUCUUUUGGGAAUAGUAUGCUGAAAAGUAAUUUAUUCCUAAAUUCACCCAUCAUUUUAAGAAGUACCUAAAUAUAUUUAACAAAAUUUAAAUAAUACAUAUGCUGUAUCAGUUUAAAAUAUCCUGUUGUCCAAAAUAAAAUAG